CCUACCCGAGACCGAGAGCCCAACUCGCCAUCCUCUCUCUCUUUCUACCCUCCGCGUCUUCCCUUCCAGCUUCCAAUGCCUCGCCCCGCCCUCCUCUCUCCCCCCUCCCCUCCCCUCUCCCUUCUUCCCCUCCAUCGGACCCCUCUCUGGAUCUCCUUCUCCUCCCGCUUGCCCACGAGGACGCCCUUCGAUUCCUCCCCUCAUCGCUUUCGUCCCGUUUCUCUCCCGGUCUUCAGCUCAGGUGCACCGGUCGUUCCUGCAGCGGCUACUGGAUCAAGGGAAGAUGAAGAAGAAGAAGAAGUGGAAGGGUCGAAAUUCGUGGAGGUCGGGUACAUAAGUACCACUCAUGGGAUCAGAGGGGAGCUCCGGGUAGUCUCAAGCACGGAUUUUCCCGAACUUAGAUUCUUUAAGCCGGGAAGAAGAUGGCUGAGAACCCGUAUUUUGGGGAAAGAAAUGAUCUCGGAAGUGGAGCUCACAGGAGGUAGAAGCCACUCCGGGCAGAAGUGUUGGAUUAUAAGUUUUAGCGGGAUCGAUACAAUGGACAAGGCUAAGCAGAUAGUUGGUUCAACUUUGCUUGUAAGGGAAGAAGACAGGCCAGAAUUGGAGGAAGGCGAGUUCUACACUCAUGAUCUUGUUGGCAUGAAAGUUGUUCUUAAGGAAACGGGCAGACUAGUGGGAACUGUCAUUAAUGUAUUCAACUAUGGCGCUAAUGAUCUUCUGGAGGUCAUGCCUGAGUCAUCAAAGCCAGAUUUAAGCUAUCAUUGUUCACAUGUAUGGGUUCCAUUUGUUGAAGCAAUUGUUCCCGAUGUUGACAUGGAUAAGAGAGAAAUGUGGAUCACUCCUCCAAAGGGACUCCUAGAGCUGAAUUUACGUUCUGAUGUGAGAACCAAAAAAGAAAGACGCCAGCUGGAAUGGAAAGAAAAAAAGAAGUUACAGCGACGUCUGAUUGCAGGUAAAAAGAAGUUGUGUGAAAUGGACCAGAAACAUCUCCUGGAAGGAUUAAGAUUCGGAGAUAAGGCCCAAAAGAGUUGGCUUGCAAAGCAGAUUGCAGAAAUUGAUUUCAAGUUGCUUCAACAUGCUAUGGAGAGUUCCAGCAUACCUCAUGACAGACACAACUUAUCAGAAUUUAUUGAUGCUAAUUCGGCUGUAUUGCUGAAGAACACAAUGAGAUUAUCUCACAAAUACCUCAUGAGAAAUGAAAGUAAAGGAAGGAAUGACUUGAAUUAUGAAUUGCACGAACGGGGUUUAAAACUCCUUAUGGAAUCUAAAGCUGCUAUCAUUCUUGUUGUAAAUAACAAGGACACUCUUGAAAGGGGUUUUGAGACAGAUGAUGUUUGUGUUGGAAGACAAGAACCUAUGGUCAACCUGUUUCAAGAAUUACUUCUUGAUUGCAAAAGAGUUUUGAAGGUGGAAGAACAGGUUAUCUCAAUUCCUUUAGUUAUAGUUUGUCCAGAUCAUGAGAUACAAUUGUAUAAAGAUUGCUUAUCAGAUAAUGGGUACUUUGGUAUAAUUAGUCGAAAGGUUUGGUUCUUAGAAGAAAGGAAGCUACCAAUUAUUAGCACCUCCACAGAUCAGAAAAGAAACAAAAUCUUAUUAAAGUCUCCGUGGGAGAUACUCCAAGCACCAACAGGAUCUGGAGGACUUUUCAGUUUACUUACCUCACACAAAGUUGUUGAUGAUCUUAAUGAAAUGGGCAUUGAGUAUCUCCAGGUUUGCAGCUUGGAUGACGGAUCUACCAUCGGGCAUCCGCUGUUUGUGGGGUUGGUUAGUUCCCAUGGGGCAGAUGUCGGUAUCAAAUUCAUGGAGGGCAACAAAGGAGAUGAUGAAUUUGACCUUAUUUUUUCCAUGAGGUUUAUAAACAGCAUCAGCAAACAAUUUGAUAGACUCCAGUUCUGUGCUGUUCCAGAGCGACAUUUGCAUGUUGAGCAGGUUGACAACGAGUGGACUACGGUCCAUCCAGACAAGCCCAACUCAUAUCAUCUUCACUGUUCAAUCUACAGCACCUUGAACGGUUGUCCUCUUGACAAUAUAUGUAUCAUGCAAGUGAUGGAGUAACUCCCUUUUUUCUUUGAGCAGACAAUUUGAAAAAUGGAGGGGAAAAAACUGCUGUAUGUGUGUGACUGUAUAAAUAAUUUAGCAUUAUCUUUCAAAGACAAGUUUUUAUAUAAGAUGAAAAUGUUGAAAAGUGGUUCGGCUCUUCAA